UGAGCUCCGACCCCUAUCAAACUCAUCAAACUCAAAAGUCCCAUUAAAACUAACAAGCAACCACCACCUUUUCGCCUCUUUUUUCACCAUUCUGGAAUCUAACCAAUCUACUGGGUCUGGAUCUCUCUGCCAACAAUGGAUGAAGAGCCAUCUACGAGUAAAGAUGAGGAUAUGAUUGAGAGUUCAAAUGGGAAAGAGGCAACUACAUUUGACGGGAGUUCUGAUAUGGAACCGUAUGUGGGUAUGGAGUUUGAAACAGAAGAGGCGGCCAAGGUCUUCUAUGAUGCAUAUGCAACACAUUUGGGAUUCAUCAUGCGGGUUGAUGCCUUCCGGAGAUCAUUGCGUGAUGGUAAGGUAGUUUGGCGUAGACUUGUGUGCAAUAAAGAGGGGUUUCGAAAGACGAGGCCACAAAGAAGUGAGAACAGGAAGCCUCGGGCAAUUACAAGAGAAGGGUGUAAAGCAAUGAUAGUGGUAAAGAGAGAAAAGUCAGGAAAAUGGACUGUGACAAGAUUUAUAAAGGAGCAUAACCAUUCACUGGUAGUUACACCUGCAAAUGGUCGCCGAACUGUGCUUCUAUCUCAAACACCAGAUGAAAAAGAUAUCAAAAUUCGGGAGUUGACUGCUGAGCUACAGCGAGAGCGGAAGAGGUCUGCAGCCUAUCAAGAACAGCUUGACAUGGUUUUGCGAGAGAUGGAAGAGCAUUCCAAUCAUCUAUCGAGAAACAUAAAUGAUAUAGUUCAAAGUGUCAAAGAGAUUGAAUCGAAGAGAGUAGCCUAGCACCCUAAAGACACUCAAAUGUCUGCAACACUUGUUCAGCUAAUCAUUUUUGUAAAAUUUCUUUGAUUUGCUGCUGCUGUUGUUAUAUGCCAAAUUCAAAAAUAUUUCAUCUGACCUGAGCUGAAACUGUAGUAUCCUGUACUUGUAAAAAUAACACACCUAGAAAUUGC